AUUUAAUCACUUACGUGAUCGUAUUAAAAUUAAUCGAUCGUUUAUGGUGUUUGGUUUCAUCAAAUUUGAAAACCCUAACAUUAUUGCAUUGGAAGCUACUGAUAUAGAUUAUUUAUCAUCAUCUGAUAUAAAUCUUAAUACCUUUAAAACUUUAUCAUCAACUGCUACAAGCUCUCUUUCAGAUCUCAGUUCAAUUACUGAAGAAUUUAAAUCCACUACUUCACAAACCCUGAAAAAGCAUCAGAGAUUAGUAUAUGCUCUCUUUAGUAGUAAUACAAUAUCUACUUCUGCUAUGAACUUACAAAAAACAAUUUCUGCUAAUACUAGAGCUACUUCAGAUAGAAAAAGAAAAAAAAAUUAUCUGAUUUAG